UAAGCGCUUUCGGUGUAAACAAACUACCUAAUAUUAAUGAACACAUUCUAAAUUAACAGCAGCUGUCAUGGGGAAAAUGUUGGCUUGGAUUAUUUUGUUUGCAGUGGGAUGUUGCGCGGAAUAUCAAAAUUCAGAUGGGUUUUUGAAGGCUCACAAUAUUAUCAGGCGCUUUGAGUACGCUGCUAACAUGAAAGAAAUGAAGUGGGACGAAGAUUUGGCAUCACUGGCGGAAGGGUGGGCCAAAGCUUGCGUCAGGGGCCACAACCAGAAUAGAGAGACUCGAGAGUUCAAAAAGGUCGGCGAGAACAUAUACCGAAAUACACGUAGAAAGUCUGGUUUUGAUGCCGUAGUGAGCUGGUUUAAAGAGAAGUCUUCAUAUAACUUAAUGGAGGGCAGCUGCAGCGGAGUAUGUGGUCAUUACACACAGGUGGUUUGGGCGGACUCGGAAUAUUUGGGUUGUGCUGUUGCCUUCUGCCCGAAGUUCUUCAGAGGAAGAGGGGGUUACAAUUAUGUUUGUAACUACGGACCAAGGGGCAACUGGAGAGGGAAGAAGCCAUACGUUCCCGGCAUUCCAUGCAGCAGCUGCCCCCUGGGCUACGAAUGUCCGAGGGGUGUGUGUGCCAAGGAGUCAUGAGGCUUGGUAAUGCAAAGCAGGCAGCUCCCAGGUCAAAAAGGACGUGUGAUUUGAAAAAUAAAUCAAUUACUGAAAAGUU